UCCUAUUUCAUAUUUACGGCGUUGUUGUUAUUAUUCAGCUGGCGGGCUGGUUAAGUUAGCAUUAGUCUAGCUAGUUAGCAUCUCCGACCAUGAGUUCACUAAACUACUCUCCUCCUGCUAUAGAAGAGGUGGUCUGCUGGAUGGAGAAAGAAGCUCUCAUCAAAGAGGAGGAGGAAGAGAAAGAUGUUACAAUACAAAAACAAGUUGAGGGUGAGGCUGUUACAGGGAAAGAAGAAGAGAAAGACGUUACAGUGAAAGAAGAGGUGUUCAGAGUGAAAGAGGAGGAGGAUGUUACAGUAAAAGAUGAGGAGGAUUCAGUUUUUGAAGUGAAAGAGGAGGAGGACGAGAUUACGGUCACAUCGGAAGAGGAAGAAGAGGAGGAAACUGGAUAUCUGGGCCCGAUUUCCCAAACGCAAUUUAAGGCAUCCAGUGGUUCUAACGAUGAACUUAGCCAUAAGAUGGUUUUGAGAAACCGGGCCGUGAUUACCACUGGGGCAGUCAAGAAAUGGAACGGCAAGGCCACUGAACAUGACAAAGCAGAGCUGUGA